AUGUCUGGGCCCAGUACAAGUGAUUCUCAAUGUUCUAUUGCCCAAAAAACGUGGGAAUUUGCUAAUAAUAUAGAAACGAUAAGUCCCAUUGAUGAAAUUUAUCGAUAUGAUAAAAAACAACAGCAAGAUAUUUUAGCCGCUAAACCGUGGGACAAGGAUCCUCAUUUUUUUAAAGACAUUAAAAUCUCAGCUUUGGCAUUAUUAAAAAUGGUAAUGCAUGCUAGAUCAGGAGGAACAUUGGAAGUUAUGGGUUUACUCUUAGGUAAAGUUGAUGCCAAUACUAUGAUAGUAAUGGAUUCUUUUGCACUUCCAGUCGAAGGAACUGAAACUAGAGUCAAUGCUCAGGCGCAAGCUUAUGAGUAUAUGACUGCUUAUAUAGAAGCUGCUAAAGUCGUUGGAAGACUAGAAAAUGCAAUAGGAUGGUAUCACAGUCAUCCAGGUUAUGGUUGUUGGCUUUCUGGAAUAGAUGUUUCUACUCAAAUGUUAAAUCAAAAUUUUCAAGAGCCUUUUGUAGCAAUUGUCAUAGACCCAGUUAGAACAAUAUCAGCGGGAAAAGGUUAUAAACCGGCAAAUGAAGAACCAUCUGAAUAUCAAACAAUUCCAUUAAACAAAAUAGAAGAUUUUGGCGUUCAUUGCAAACAAUAUUAUUCACUUGAUGUUACAUAUUUUAAAUCAUCAUUAGAUAGACGAUUGUUGGAUUCUCUUUGGAAUAAAUAUUGGGUUAACACGUUAAGUUCUUCGAGUCUUUUGACAAAUGCAGAUUAUACAACAUGCCAAAUAUUUGACUUGUCUGACAAAUUGGAACAAUCUGAAGCAGCAGUUGGUAGAUCUGGUUUUACACUAGGUUGUUCGGAUCCACUCGAUAAAAGAACUGAAGAUAAAUUAAUGAAAGCUACAAAAGAUAGUUGUAAGACGACAAUAGAAAUAAUACACGGUUUGAUGGCACAAAUGAUCAAAGAUAGAUUGUUUAAUCACAUAAAAAGAAAAAAUGAUAUGUAG